AUGAUCAACAUCCGAAAAACUCAUCCAUUAGUUAAAAUUAUCAACAACUCAUUCAUUGACCUUCCAACACCAUCAAACAUUUCAACAUGAUGGAACUUUGGGUCCCUGUUAGGAGUGUGUCUGAUCUUGCAAAUCUUAACAGGCUUAUUUCUAGCCAUACACUAUACAUCAGAUACAGCUACAGCCUUUUCAUCAGUCGCACACAUUUGUCGAGACGUCAACUAUGGUUGAUUUAUCCGAUAUAUACAUGCCAAUGGGGCCUCUAUAUUUUUUAUCUGCCUAUUUAUACACGUAGGGCGAGGCUUAUACUAUGGAUCAUACCUAUUUCCAGAGACAUGGAAUAUCGGAAUUAUUCUCCUACUUACAGUUAUAGCCACAGCAUUCAUAGGGUAUGUACUACCUUGAGGACAAAUAUCCUUCUGAGGAGCAACCGUCAUUACUAACCUACUAUCAGCAAUUCCUUACAUUGGCACUAAUCUAGUGGAGUGAGUCUGAGGGGGUUUCUCCGUAGAUAAAGCAACACUAACCCGAUUUUUUGCUUUUCACUUUAUCCUUCCAUUUAUCAUCUCAGCACUAGCAAUAGUCCAUCUAUUAUUCCUUCACGAAACAGGAUCUAAUAACCCCUCCGGAAUUCCAUCUGACCCAGAUAAAAUCCCAUUUUACCCCUAUCAUACAAUUAAAGACAUCCUAGGCGUCCUAUUUCUUGUCCUCGCCUUAAUAACCCUGGCUUUAUUCUCACCAGACCUGUUAGGAGACCCUGAUAACUAUACCCCUGCAAAUCCACUAAGUGCCCCGCCACAUAUUAAGCCUGAAUGGUACUUUCUAUUUGCCUACGCUAUCCUGCGAUCUAUUCCUAAUAAACUAGGAGGGGUGCUAGCUCUAAUCUUCUCUAUUCUAAUUCUAACUAUUAUUCCACUAUUACAUACAUCCAAACAACGAAGCAUGAUAUUCCGACCUCUAAGUCAAUGCUUAUUCUGACUCCUAGUAGCAGACCUACUCACACUAACAUGAAUUGGAGGACAGCCAGUAGAACACCCCUUCAUUAUUAUUGGGCAAUUGGCCUCUAUUCUCUACUUUACAAUUCUUCUAGUACUUAUACCUAUCACUAGCAUUAUUGAGAAUAGCCUCUCAAAAUGAAGA